AUGCAACAAGGUCUAUCCCCGACGGCGUUUGCUUCACUGGAGGAGCGUAUUGCGCAUCUUAACUGGAGGAAAGUCUGCAACGAGCGGGAGAUUCAAGGAACGCUUCGAUUCAGCAAGCAGUUGCAAGAGAGAGAUGAAUUCAUCCGUGCAGCAAAGAGUGGCAACAAGGCGCAUCGAGAACGUAUGCAACAAGUGAUCAGGGACGAGUUCGCCAAGCCGCUUCCUGUAACACCUCAGUUUUACGAGGAACUCGCUGCCCUGCAACGUGAAGAAGAGUUAAAAGCGCAGGAAGUGGCUGAGAGACACAUGACACAGCUGCACAAUAUUCAGACAAAGCUCGAUGCUCGUGAGGCUCACUUGACACGUAAGAAGGAGUUUGAACGGAAGAAGAAGGAACUAUUUGGCUAA